GUCAGGAGUCGCGGAGGGAGGGAGGGAGGGAGGGAGAAGAACGUAGAAAGACUGAAAGAGACCGUGGGGAUGUAUGUGUGUAUACUAUAAUCGGCGCUGCAGGUACAGCGACAGACAGCGGAUACAGCUUUCCGUCCCAGUCGGGGAACACCAUCUCCCAAACCCCGGAGAUAUUCAAUUUCUCCCCAAAAUGUCUGGUGGAGGAGAAGUCCGUGUGCUCCGCCAGGAGGCUGGACAGGAGAGCCCGAGGAUGCCGGCCUGGAAACGAGAGAUUCUCGAGCGGAGGAAAGCAAAGGGCGGCGCGUCUGGAGCAGGUGCAACUGAGCCUUGCCCUAGCGCGAUCUUAUCGCGGGUUAAUGGCGAAGUAACGGGAAACAGCAGCGCCUCAAAAACAGACAAUGGAACCAGUGCUAAUUCAGUUCGGAACUACACCAUUACUCCAGCGAGCCAGCAUUUUGCAGGCAAGCGUGGCAGCGCCCCCACCUCCCCAGAGCUCUCGCCGGUGAAAACAAACAAAGACCCCUGGACUGCCACCGACCCUUAUGAUUCGGAGAAAAUGGUAAGCGAUGGCGAGGGACAGGAAAGCCUGGUUCUGCAGGACAGUCUAGGCCCAUUGCAGGAGAACCCCUUCAUCAAACUGGAGAAGGAGCGAAAGAAACAACAGGACAGGGAGAACGCCACUCGUCCGGUUCAGCACAUACUGGAAUUGUAUGGCAGUGUUCCUGGAAUUCGGACUAUACGCGCUGAGAAUAUCAUUAUCAUAGAAUCCGAUCCGGAUUACUUUCCGGAGGCGAGUGGAAUAAAAAGCGAGUCUUAUCUGCAGCAGAAUGGGGUGAGCAGUUACAGCUCCCUCAACGACCUCUUGGACCGGAGAGGCAGUGGGGUUACCGAGAUACGGGCAAAGGAGGUGGUCAUUUAUGACACCGCACUAAGCCGGAGCGAGGAGAAUUUGAGCACGUUGGGUCGUCCUGGUCACGAGGCCGCAUUCGAGACAGGAGAGGGUCAUGGCAGGGUGAGCCGCAUGCUGCAGAAAUUCGACAGCAACUAUGGAAAAUUGCAACCCAAGUCUCGCAGCACAGAGAACCUCCUGGACUUGGAGACCAGUUCAAGCAGGCCAAGACAGCGACCCAAGCCACAGCCAGAUCUGGUGCCAAAAUACAAGUCACAAGCCCAGCCUAGCUCACCAGUCCGCAACCUAGGUAACGCACAGUUGUCAUCCUCAGUCUUCCUGAGCUCCCAGUCUUCCAAACCAAAGCCACAGCCCACUCUGUGUGAGCCUGACAGCACCACGUGCUCUGCUGGACCCGCUCAGUCAGUGUCUUCCUACCGCCAGCAUUUUGAGGUGAGUGGGGGCCGCAGUUCGGUGGUCAACCCCAUAGAGGAGGCAGAGGGGUCCCAGACCAAGCCUUUCCGAGAGAGAGACUGGGAGCGCACAGAGGUGCCCUCCAAACCCAAGGUGCCAUUCUCUCCGGAUACCAGCCGUGUCGAGUCCCCCGCCAGUCCCACCACGCCCCCGAUGUCCCCCCCCUCGCCUGGAUUCGAGAUCUGCCCCUCACCCCGCCCUGAUCUCUCCCUGCUGCCUGCCGGGGACAUCCAGGCCCGUGCCCUUGCCAACCUGCGUCUCCAGUCCCGCAACUCCUUCACAGUCUUCCCCAAACGCCACAGAGCUGCCUCUUCCCCGGGCAGCACGGCCCCCUCCAGCCCCAUUAAGUCUCCUCCCUCCCAGAGAGUGGCAGAGAUGCCCACCCCAGGAGUGCCAACCCCUGUCACCCCUCCACCCAACCCAGCAGUCUCCAAGAGUAAAGAGGAAGAACGGGACGAGGUGAGGGCAGCCGGGCUAACCAAACCAGACCUACCCACCAUCACUGCUACCCCCUCCCCUCCAGCACCCUUCCCAGUCCCCUCUGUCCAGUCGCCAACUCCAGAGGAAGCCCCUGCUGACCAGCUUCCUGUCACCAACAUAGAUGACAUAGACGUGGACCCCUCGCAGCCCGUUGCCCCCAGCCCCACUCCAGUGGUGCAGAGGCGGAAGGGGAAUACCUUCACUGUGGUGCCUAAACGUAAGUCAGAGCCUCAGUCUGGCUCUCCAGAGCCCCAGGAGCCCUCCGGAGGGGCCCAGACGCCCUCCACGCCACCACAGGCCCCUUACUCCCAGUUGGGCUCACUGCUGAAGAAGCGCUACCCUGCCGUGGAGGAUAUCGAGGUCAUCGGUGGGUACCAGUCCCUGGGACGCUCCUGCCUGACCAAGACAGGCACCACUGGCAAAAAGCUGAAUAUCUCGUUCAACGAGUCGAGCAUCCAAAGCACCUAUGAGUACCCCUCCGAGAGCAGCGUAUGGGACAGCGAAGAGGAGGAUGAGGAGGACGUGAAGGGAGGAGAAGAGGAAGAUAAGCCCAGCAUGGUGGGCCGUAUCCACAUCCCUCGUCCAAGCUUCACCAGUUCCCCAACUCACACCAGCAACAGCACUGAUCUGUCCAGUUACAUUCCCAAGCACACUGUGGAUUUUAACACCUGGCAGGAACAUAAGCUUGAUGACCCUGUUUACCAGGGGGGCACCAAUUCCCAGCGCGCACAGAUGUCAGAGGAAGUUAUGCUCACCCCAGCAGACAGCUCCUCUCUGUCAGACUUCAACAGUGAACCUGCGCUGUACUUCUGAUUUGCCUGGACCAAACAGGACUGACCACUGCCCUCCAGUACCAGCAGCCGGAACCACAACCCCCACCUGGGACCAGUGAGACUAAGCAGAACUGGACAUCAAAUCGCACUUCAAAGCACUCCUCUUUUUCAAGUUUAGUUUGACACCCAGACAUCAACCAACCAAUCAACCACCACAGAUUCAAGCAGCUGGACUGUCCUCACCUUGCCUGUACAGUUGAUCUGUCUUUCCCCUCCACCUCCGCCUACUUUCAUUGACUGCCAUUGAGCAGUGAUGUCUGAACCAGAUCUGACAGACUGUAUUUGAUUGUCAAAAUAAAUCAGAGUUUAAGAUUUAACAUGCAUUGUAAUGCAGUUUCCCAGGCUUACGGUCUCCAGAAGAAGCCAAUCUGUCUGCAUCAAUGUCUCUAAGGCUGUGUUUUACGGGCAGUCCAAUCCUUAUUUUUCUUCUCCAUUAAUUAGUCUUUUGAACAAGCACAUCAGAUCUUUUUAUAUCAGAUCUUUUUCAGAGCUGAUCUGAUUGGUCAAAAGACCAAUUUAGUGAAAAAAAAGAUCAGAAUUUGGCAGCCUGUCUAAACGCAGCCUCUGUGUCUCCCAUCAGUCAUAAUGUGUUUGUGGUCUCCAUGUGUCCUUCUGAAGGGGAUGUAUGUAGUGGUGGAGAUCACCUUGUGAAGGUAAGUGACCAAAUUCCUUCAAAACAAGGAAGCCAUCAGUGCCCGUCCUUAUCAUGGUGAAGAAGAGACUCAGCGUUAUCGUGUCCUGGAGUCCCAGGACGUAGGCCGAGGACUCCACACUCCGUAGGGGAUGGCAGACGAAUAAAAAACGGAAGACUUAAAUAGUGAAAGGGUGCCACAAGCCUAGUUUAUUGUUGUUUUGUACCUGCAUGUUCUGAUUUCUAUUGACUUGGUUCCUCGUACUGUAUGUUCUUUUUCUGUAUGCUUUUAGUUUUGUAUGUUUCCGUACAACAAUGCUGUGUUGGAGACUUUGCCUGAAGAGUCCAGGAGCAAGCAAACUUCAACACUUCCCCCUUUAAGAUUAUGCAAAGCUCUGUAGACCUGCUCAAUUUAAUGUUUUAUCGUUAAAGAUCUGAGAUGUACUACUUAAAAGAUUGCCUUGGCAGGAAAUUUGAUACUAUGAAUAUCUUCUCCGAGUACUUCAUGUCAAAAGCAUAGAGUAUAAAUGCCUUGGUGUUGCCUGGAAUUAGACUCACUGUCUACAAUGUUAUUAGAACAAUUUCACCUUUUCAGUGUUAAUGUUUGAACACCAAGUGUGAAAGAUAAAAAUGUCCAACAUAAACCACGAAUAGCAAAUAUUGAGAGAAACCAUGCGCCAGCACGUUGGUUUGUGAAAGCUUGAGUUAUCGUAAUGUUGAAGUUUGCAUGUCGGAGACUCGUUCAUGUAUAGUAUAUGGAUCAAAUAGCUGGUAUAGAAGGGAAGGGUGCGUCCUCAUGGCCGUGUGUGUUUCCUUCACAUUGACCAUUGAAUAUCUUUUGACCUUUACAGCCUGACCUCAUAAACCUUCACGUUCCAUAGAGCGUGAGCUGGUCCAUUUUAGUAAUGAAGACGACAUUGAUUAUGAAACUAAUGAUUGUGUGUGUGUAUCUAAGACCUGUGGUGAAAGAUUAACAAGUAAAAAGCUUUUUUUCUUUUUUCUUAAAAAGGUUGCUCCCAUGUCUUUGAAAUACUUUUGACUUAAAAUGCCAAUUGACUCAAGUGUUCCAUCUAUUGCUGUGGUGGCCACCUCUCGCAUUCUCAUAAUUUUCCAAUGUUCUCCUUUGGCCAGUAUUGAUGUCGUUUCUAUAAUCUACAAUGAUGUUUUCAUAAGAAUAAUUUAUUACUUGCAUCUCUUAGGGAUUUUUCUUCUUCAUAUCUUCAAUCAAAAGAACGGGUUUAGAUUGAACAGACGCACUGCGCUAUUUGGAGACUACAUUUUUCUGUAUACUGUAACUGUAUCAUGGUUAGACAGACUUGGAUUAUGUUUUAUGUCAAGAUUGUAUUUUCAUUUGCACUGUCAUUGUAUUAGCUUUGUUUUGCACCUCAAAAGAAAUACAGUGACGGUGAAAGUGGUGCUCAUCAAUCCAUAUAUGCAUCAUCUCAUCAGAUAGAAAUAGGUGAAUAAGAAGAGUGCACUGCCCAAUAAUACCAUGAUCUCUUAAAAUGUUUGCCACAACCUUGAAACGUUAUUGGAAGACCAGAGAAUGAUCACUGGUUAGUGUCUACUGUUAGUCCUUCGAUCAGUCUCACACAGCAUACAGAGCACGCAUGCCAUUCAUCUGUGUUAACUGCUGCCUUUGAGGACCAAAUCCCUAUGUAGGGCGACAGCUUUUCCUGGGAAUCAUGCGCUUCUAAUGUUGGCUUUCAUCGAAGCGGAGGCCCAAAAGCCAGGGCUUUAUCAUUGGAUGUUCCAGUGGUCAUACUGUAUGUGACACAAGCAAGACUGAGAUGGCUAUUACCGUGAUGAAGACUGAUUCACUUGAAAGAUUUGAUAUUGUCCUAUUUGUCUGGUCCUGUUGAGAAGAAACAGUACUUGUCUGUCAUACUGUAGCUAGAAGCCCCAUCUCAUCUCGUUUUUCUCUUCCUCUGUCUAUAAAUCUCCAGCAUCAGAGAGAUGUGCUUACUGUAAAAUGUGUACUUGUUAAUGCUUUGGGCAAAAAAAGAUGUCAGAACUGUACAAAUAAAAGCUCAAUAAAUAGAUGAAGCCUUGAA